AUGAUUGUGCGACUGGAUCCCUGUGGUUUAGUAUGCGUUGUUAUGAUAUAUGGAUGCGUAGUAUAUGCCGAUUAUGUCGUUACGAUAUGGAUGGUCAUGCCAGUGUUCGGAAAUACCAUUUGGGGCGCAUUCCAUAUCGCUUUAUUCAACACUCUCAUAUUCAUGACCCUUUUCUCCCACGGACGAACCAUGUUAACGGAUCCAGGAGUAGUUCCUAUUUUGAAAAAUGGCGUUUUCCACGACAGGUCAGCAAAUGUGGGUUCGUUGUCUUCUUCGUCUGAAGACGAUGGUGACUGGACUAUGUGCACUCGAUGUGAGUCCUUCCGACCUCCUCGUGCUCAUCAUUGUCGGGUGUGCCGUCGAUGCAUUCGCAAAAUGGACCACCACUGUCCAUGGGUGAAUAACUGUGUAGGAGAAUUCAAUCAAAAGUUUUUCUUACAAUUUCUUUUCUACGUUGGAUUGUCCAGUUGUUAUUCAGUAUUUAUCAAACGGCUAAAGCAAGCAUAUUUAAUUAACUUGCUUAAUGAGAACUGGUUCAGAGUAAUGGUUUUGUCCUGGGUUUACGAUGACGAAUUCGCCUCUACAGGUCUGAAAGGGCCUUUCGGAGAAAAUGCGCACCAUGCGAAAGUGUUGCACUCCAUUUUCUUAGCUAUGGAAAGUGCUCUUUUUGGAAUGUUCGUGAUGGCGGUUUCCUGCGACCAGGUUCGUCAUUUUUCACUAUGUGUUUGGGCGUGCAAAUUUUGCAUUAAUAAUACUUCGGGCUAUUGA